UGGGUAUGCGGUUGAAUGGGAAUGGGGCUGGGAGCGAUUUGGUCGUUUUUGGCAGUGAUCUUGAUAUCCACUGCUCUGGGAUAUGCCGACAAAAUCUCAGAGGAGAUUGCUAAGAAUACCAAAGAUCCGAACAUGACUGCCAUCCAAAUUCGUACUCUUCUGGUGAUAGUGCUCAGCAUCUUUUUGGCUCUGAAGGUAAUCAAUCUUCUGUCUUCGGCCCUGUUAGUUAUGGGCACUGUUAAGGAGCGUCACCUACUCCUGCUGCCCUGGCUGAUCAACUCCGGCAUAACUCUGGCCUUCACCAUCAUCUCCACUGUGCUCUUAUGGGUUGAGGCUAUUGGUUCUGGUCCAGUAGCUGAGGCUCUUUCUGUAGUCUUCGUUUCUGGCGGUCUUGUCGUGCUUUGGUGGUACCUCUACUACGGCAUCUACUCGCUGUUCAAGCACAUCCAGCUCACAAGCGAUUAGCAGCGCCCGCUGAUCCAGCGACCACCUCAAAGAUCGGGCGACCACUCGGGCGCCACCUAUCCGAAUUAUAC